AGCAGCGCGAGGGGGAGUGACUCCAAGCGCGAGACACACACACACCGGGGCACCACGCGACUCCAGUUCAAACAAACCAGCGCGAGCCUCUGCAAACAGGAGCCGCUGCGUUUUCACGCUCUUACCGGUUAUGUAUUAGGUAUUACUGCACGACUCCGAAAACGCAUUGGCGUUAGACUCUUGUGUUUGAAUAGGGUGUAUUGUGGCUGCUGGUGUAUUGUGAUUGAGGGGAAGCAUGCAGGCUCUCUAUCCCAGUAGCGGAGCCACUGAAUACGGUCCUGGACGUCCCAAAGACUUGCACAAGACCAUCUGAUCCCUGCUGAAGUGGAAUCCCUUUGAGCGAACACCACCGGACGAGCGCGUGUGUGUAAGAGAGAAAGAGAUAGUGUGUGUGUGUGUUGCCAUGGCUUUCACACUUUCGGAAAUCAUGGCAGCCCGACGACAGCAGCAACAGUCUCAGAGAGGAGGAAGAGGAGUGGUGGAGGUGGACGAAUACAGCGCCAACCCGACUCAAGCCUUCACCUUCUACAACAUCAACCAGGGUCGCUUCCAGCCGCCCCACGUCCACAUGGUAGAUCCAUUACCCCAUGACACCCCCAAGCCCCCGGGCUACACGCGGUUUGUCUGUAUCUCCGACACACACUCGCGCACUGACACUAUUCAGAUGCCGUACGGUGACGUCUUACUGCACGCUGGAGACUUCACAGAGCUCGGCCUGCCCAGCGAAGUCAAAAAGUUUAAUGACUGGCUCGGCACUCUGCCCUACGAGAUAAAAAUCGUUAUAGCCGGGAACCACGAGCUGACAUUCGAUCAGGAGUUUAUGGCAGACCUGAUAAAGCAGGAUUUCUACUACUUUCCUUCAGCCUCCAAACUCAAGCCGGAGAACUAUGAGAAUGUUCAGUCCCUGCUCACCAACUGCAUCUACCUACAGGACUCUGAUGUUACCGUCAGGGGCUUCCGCAUCUACGGCUCACCGUGGCAGCCAUGGUACUACGGCUGGGGUUUUAAUCUACCACGAGGACAAGCUCUGCUGGACAAGUGGAAUCAGAUCCCAGAUUCCACUGAUAUUCUUCUCACACACUGCCCUCCUCUGGGUUUCUUGGAUUGGGUGCCCAGGAAGAUGCAACGUGUUGGCUGUAUGGAGCUAUUGAACACCGUCCAGAGGAGAGUUCAGCCCAAACUACAUGUAUUUGGACACAUUCAUGAAGGUUACGGUAUGAUGACGGAUGGAACCACCACGUUUGUUAACGCCUCGGCGUGCACGGUUAACUUCCAGCCUAUGAACCCGCCCAUCGUUUUCGACUUGCCCAAUCCCAGGAGCUCAUGAUUGAACUGAGACCUGCCCACCGCCACCUUCUUUCAAUCAGGGUCCCUUUCUUGAGCGUAUACGGAUGCUGCGUAGUGUAUAUAGAGCGAGCGAGAGACGCUAAUUUGGAUAUUCCCAAGGAUAUUUUCAUCCAUUUUUGUGCCGUGUGCCGCCCUCAGACACAAAAUACUGACACAGACUUUGAACUCUUUUUCUGAACUUGACUCUUGUGUUGCACUUGAAUCGGCGUGACAAUCGCGUGUACUUUAGGUCAUGGAAGCCAAGCUUUCUCCUCAUUGGCUGGCACUUAUUUAAGGAACUUUGUAACCUUGUAGCCUCAAUGGACCUCUGACUCUGGAAAAAAAAAAAUAAACUUUUUUUCUUUUGCUCUGGAUCCACUCUUGAAAGUUACAGGAUGUGCCCAGAAGAAACAGUGCUUUGGUGCAAACAAGUUUGUUCAGGGUCUUUACCAUUUCCCUCUUUCUCUCUCUCUUUCUCUUGAGUCUCAGUCUCGCAUUCUACUUUUUCCUAUCUGCUCUGUUGUUAUAUGUUGCUCUUUUGAACUUGAGGCCAUGUUGGAUUAUACACUGGGAGAAAUAAAUUGGCCCUAAACAGGAAUGUAAUGUUUAAAAUAGUAAUGGGGAAAAAAAGAAACAAAAAAAUGUGUCCGAAUUAGUGCUGUCAAGUUAAUCGCGAUUAAUCGCUUCCAAAAUAAGUUUGUGUUUACAUA